AUGGAUAGUUACCAUUAUUUAGACAAUGGUGAUACUCAAUUACCUCCUGGCUUUCGUUUCCAUCCAACUGAUGAAGAGCUCAUCACUUACUAUCUCUUGAAGAAAGUUCUUGAUAGAAGCUUUACUGGUAGAGCCAUAGCCGAAGUUGAUCUGAACAAGUGUGAACCAUGGGAACUGCCUGAGAAGGCAAAGAUGGGAGAGAAAGAGUGGUACUUUUUCAGUUUGAGAGACAGGAAGUACCCAACUGGAUUGAGAACUAACCGAGCUACUGAAGCGGGUUAUUGGAAGGCUACUGGAAAAGAUAGGGAGAUUUAUAGUUCAAAGACUUGUGCACUUGUUGGAAUGAAGAAAACUCUGGUUUUUUAUAGAGGAAGAGCUCCUAAAGGAGAAAAGAGCAAUUGGGUCAUGCAUGAAUAUCGCCUUGAAGGCAAAUUUGCUUACCAUUAUCUCUCCAGAAGCUCCAAGGAUGAAUGGGUCAUAUCCAGGGUUUUUCAGAAGAGUGGCACCGGCAAUGGUGCAACCAGCAGCACUGGCGGAGGAGCCAAGAAGACCCGCAUGAGCACCUCCAUCGCUCUCUACCAAGAACCAAGCUCUCCUUCGUCGGUCUGCCUUCCACCUCUCUUGGAUCCCACCACAACUGCUAUUGCCACUACAGCCGCUUCGCUCACUGACCAUGACAGCUGCUCUUAUGGCAGCCAUACCCAAUCUGAGCACGUGUCCUGUUUCUCCACCAUUGCUGCUGCAGCUGCUUCUGCUGCUGCCACUGCUACCACCACAACUGCGCCUCCUGCCUUCCACCCUGGUUUCGACCUCGCACUACCUCCACCCCAAAUGUACAACACUUCUGAUUCACCCACAAGGUAUUCAAGAAACGUGGGUGUUUCAGUGUUUCCAAGCUUGAGGUCUCUUCAGGAGAAUUUGCAGCUCCCUUUCUUUUUCUCCCAGCCAACAUUGGCUUCCCCACCACUUCACGGUGGUUCAUCUGUGAACUGGGGGGCUUUAUCCGAGGAGGUUAACGAUGGUUCUGGUGCUGGAGGCAAGAUGUCCAUGGCUCCAACUGAGCUUGAUUGCAUGUGGACUUACUAACUGUAAAACUUGAGGAAUUUCCGUUAAUGUGUUUAAACUUUUACAUUAUCAUUUCUAAG